AUGAAAAGUCAUUUUACUAUAACUGUAGCUCUACUUCUAGGGGCAAUAAGCAUGCAUAAAUAGCAACAUUUAAUGGACUACGAUUUACCAAGGCUUAUGAGAGAUUUGGAAAAAAUACGUGAUGAAAUUGAAUCAUUAGAAAUUUAAGAGCAGUCCCUUUAAAGACUCAUAUCUGAUCAAGAUGCUUUUCUUAGUACUUAGGUCCAAGGCACUAUUGGAAACUUAAGAUAAAAUAUGAAUAAUGAUGAUAUCAUAUACCUGCCUUAGACUAUCUCUUCUGGAAUUUAUGAUGAGUUUUAUAGAUAGCAACAAAUCUAAUAAGAUAAUAAAUAUUGGGAAGAUGGUUGGAGCGCAAAUGACUAAAUAGAUGAAAAUGAAAAUAUUUUUGUCGAAAGUAAAUUGUCUGAGUUAGGAAAAGCAUCAGAGAAAGCGUUGGGAACUUUACUUAUUGACGCUGCUUAGAUCUAUUUAAUUCCUAAAAAUGAAAAUCGAUACCAAAGCAACGUUGAAAGUCAGAUGAAUCGCAGAUCACCAGCAGAUUUUAUAAGAGGCAAAAUAAUUAAUAGAGAAAAGGAUCCUAGAGUUGAAUCAGGUUGGACUGAUUUCAGAGACUCUGCUUACUAAUAAAUCGGCUAGGCUGCUAUCAACAGACUAACAAAUUAAUUAAGUGGAUCCUAGAGUUGA